CGCUGAAUACGUGGCAUGUGCCGGAUAAUCGUCAAGGAGUACUCGGUCCAGCGGCUUGACGGUGUCUCGAGGGGUACUGAGAAUACGAAUAUAUCUCGGUAUUGGGGGCCAAUCGCAACACCUCACGGCUCAGUGGGCAGCGACAUUAAAACUUUACCGGAGUGUUACCUGGUUAUCGUUCUUCCGCCCUUUCGAUCGCAUCUCCACCGAACGACCUGCUUUCUUCUCACUCACACACGAUAACGACUAGAUACUCCGGCCCAUACCACUGUUCCGAUUUCGUCUGCAGAUGGGCCUCGACGGCAUCGAUGGCGGUUAUCAAGAGUAAUCUGCAACCGGUCCUGACUGAUUUGGCAGAUGCACGAUGUCCACCGUCGCCGGGAGGAUCAAGAAGGUAGAACGUGCGUGCAAACCCUGCAGAGACCUCAAGGUCCGCUGUCUACCUUGCGUUGAGCGAGAUGACAUCUGCCAAAAGUGCAAACGUUCCGGUGCGCGCUGUGUCUUGGAGGACCCGAAACCGCGGAAGAAGCGCAAGACCAACAAUGACCGUGGCAGCGUAUUGGCCUUGCAGGCCAAGGUGGCCGAGUUGAAAGCUCAGCUCGAGGAGAGAAAGGCCAGCAGUCAAGGCGACACAGCCACCGGACCCUCCAAUGUGCCACUUGUUGGCACAGCUAACACUGCCACCAUUUGCAGUGAUGAUUCGAGGAGUCAAGAUGCGAUGCCAGAUUGGUCUCAAUAUCCGAGCAACGCCCAAGACUCCUGCGAUGGGCAUUGUCCAUCUUCAAAGAGCGUUGUCGGUGAACUCCUCCGAAGCGGUCAACUGAUGCAAACCGCUGCAGCGUCAUAUCUUUCUGGAUAUCGACAUAUGUGCACAUAUUUUCCCUUUGUCAUCUUAGCAGACGAUGCCAGUAUUGAACAACUCAUGCACUCUCAGCCAUUCUCUCUACAUGCCAUACUCGUGGUCUCCUCAGGCGACAACGAGGACUUGCAGACCACGCUCGAGAAGAGCUUUCGCGAGGAGCUAUUGAGGGCAGUCAUGUUUGAUGGAAAGAACAACAUCGACUUGCUCCAAGCGUUGGUGGUGUACCUCGCUUGGUACCAUUUCUUCUACAUCCCUAUGAAGCAGCAAUUCUACCAGAUACUCCAGAUUGCCAUCGGCAUGUGCAUUGACAUGAAACUGGAUCGCCCUCCAGAAAGGGCUACUGCAAGGAAAAUGGGCCUCGAGGAGAGCCACGAAGAUGACAAUUUGUUAGGCGACACCUCAAGUGAGCAGUACUACAGCAAAGCCGCCAGACGAGCAUACAUUGGAUGCUACUGCAUAUCAACGGCCGCAUCAUGGGUAUGGUGCAAGCCGAAUAAUUUCCCCUACAAUGACUACCUCGUGCAGUGCGCACGAUCACUUUCGGACGAUCCGGAGAAUGCCACGGAUGCAAUGAUCUUGCCCCUCCUGCAGACGCAAGUACUUGGGAAUGAGUAUCAUAAGGCCUACCUGCACGCCAACUUCGCCCAACCCUCAGCACUAUCGGAAUCUACCAUGGCAGCAUUCCAAGCAAAGAUGGAGGACAACCAGUCGACUACUCCUUCCGAAUGUUGGCCGGUCGAUCUAGCGCGCCUGUAUGCAGCAUCGUAUGGCCACGAGAUGGACCUUCUAAACCCCUGCGUGGACAGGGCCCACAGCCCGACUAGAUCAGACGAGACGAUGCCCCUAACGUCGAGUCGCCGCGACUGCCUGACAUACUGUCUCCAUUCCGCUGCGAAACUCUACGAAACAUUCCUAUCACUUCCCUACGAGGAAUAUGCAAAGCUAUCAGUCCUUCAGUGGUGGGCAAUUGUCUGUGACACGGCAUACCUUUACCGUUUGUGCCUUGGGAUACCGCAACUGCCAGAGUGGGACGUGGCAGACGCCCGUGAGGUUGCGAAGCUGGAGAUCUAUCUCGACCUGCUUUGCUACCGUUUAGUUAGCGCGACUGGAUCGACGCUUGAAAAGCCCACAGGGCGAGAUCUGUACUCUUUGCUAUGCCCAAUCUUCACGAACGUGAAGCGCAGCUAUGAGAGGCUGAAGGAGCUGCCCAAGACGAUGAGCGCGAGUGAUAAACGGCCAGUUCAUGCUGAUGCAUUUUCCGCAGGGCAAGCAAAGGCGGUCCCGAAACCGAAAUUAGCCACGCAUCCUAGUCACUGCCCAGCGUUCAGAUACACCUCGCGCGCAGAUGAGAUUGGCUUGGGGCCAGCUGCGCAGGAAGGAAAUCCCACGGAGACGUCGACAGUGUCAGAUAUUGAUGUGUUUUUGAACUCUAGCUUGUUCGAUGGCGACAAUGCUUGGCUUGGAGAUAUGCCAUCGCUGGAUCUAAGUCCGUUUAACGUGGAUGAUCCUUGUUUCAUUGCCACCGGACCACAUGAGCCUCGUGACACGGCCAUGGAGCCAUGAGGCAGACAUUCUUUCGCUA